AAUCAGCUACAGCACCAGACACCAGUUGCACUCAACGCUUGUAAAAGAUCAUACACGUGCGCCGUGCUCUACCGGCAACCCUGUUUGUUUACGGACACAGGCUAGCCGACACAAAUGUUGCGUCUGCGAGCUUCGUUUUUGAUCAGUUUGCUAGUCCUCUACUGUUUUAUCAUUAACACGACCGACGCCAGGCGCGGCCGUACUAGAAGCAGAACUAAAUCUAAGGUGCAAAUCGGUUUACCUAUUACAGGAAAAUAUAGAGAUCCAGAAUCCGAUCAGUAUUACAAUAACAAUGAUGGUGCGAAGAUAUUGCUGGCAUCGCAUUUCGAUCUUGAGUAUGUGUUAGGACAUAAAAUAGCUUUCCUUUGCAUUGCAAAAGGCUCUCCGCGGCCACACAUUACUUGGUUCAAAGACGGCGUGGAGAUAUUCGCUCACCACUACUUGCACAUACACGAAUGGCCGAUUGGAGAGGACCGCGUGAAGUCAAAGAUCGAGAUCGAUCCGGCCACGCAGAUGGACGCCGGCGUGUACGAGUGCACGGCGGACAACAUGUACUCUAUAGACAGACGCUCUUUCAAAACAGACUUCUCUAUUGCCUUCGACUAGAAACUCCAACCAAUCGCCGUUGUCAUACACUAAACUUCCAGAAUAUUCCAACUCAAAUGUGAUUUUUAAUUUCAAUAAAUAUUUUUAACUUAUUGUUAUGUAGAUGGAUAUUGCUCAGGGUUUAAAAAUUAAUAAAUGAUGUUUAUUAUGAUUCAA